GCAAAUCUAACCUCACAUUUUGUCGGAAAAAAUAAAAUUUUCAUGCGAUUUAAAAUAGUUUUAGAAUCUCUUGAAAUUUGAAAUAUGUCCUUAUUGUUAAAAUCUAGUAUUAAACCACACACAGGUGAUUUUAGUUCAUGUUUCAGGACUUUAUUCACCCUUUCAAAAUGCUUAAGCAAGAACAAUUCAAAAGAUCCCAGUGAAACAAGUUCUUCCCCGUUAAAAAGACUUUUAGAAGAAGCAUCUUCGUUUGAAGACGCCAAACCAACAAGCCCCGAACAAAAAUGGGCCACCAUGCCAUAUCCAGAAGGUACAAGAAUUAGGAAACAAGGCGACUACUUCAAGAACCCCAAAAAGGACUCUAGAGAGAGUUCGAUCAUUUUAUUCCCCGGCCAGGGCAGUCAGUACGUCGGGAUGGCUAAAGAUCUCCUUAAAUUCCCCAUGGCAAAAGACCUGUUUGAAUUAGCCAAUUAUAUUUUGAAGUACGAUCUGUUAAAACUGUGUUUGGAGGGCCCAAAAAGUCAACUCGAUGAAACCAAGUACAGUCAGCCAGCUAUAAUGGUCUCUUCUUUGGCCGCUAUAGAAAGAUUGAAAGAAGAAAGGCCUAGAGCUGUGGAAAAUUGUGUAGCAACCGCUGGUUUCAGUUUAGGUGAAAUCACAGCUCUGGUGUUUGCAGGUGCAAUAGGUUUUGAAAGAGCACUGCAUUUGGUUAGAAUACGUGCAGAAUCAAUGCAGAUAGUCAGUGAGACGUAUAAAGGUGGUAUGGUUACAGUUUUCUAUGCUCCAGACAGUAAUGUAAACUUUGCCUGUAAAAAGGCAAAAGAAUGGGCCAUCGAUAAGGGUGAUGAAUUACCUGAGUGUCGAAUAGCUAAUUAUCUGUAUCCUCACUGUAAGGUUGUGUCUGGAAGUGAGUCAGCUAUAGAUUUUUUGGAGAAAAAUUACAAGGAAUUCAAAAUAAAAAAGGUAAAAAGGCUUGCAGUAAGUGGAGCUUUUCAUUCUGACCUAAUGAAAGAUGCUGUGGAGCCCUUUAAGAAAGCCCUUAGAAAGAGUGACGUGCAGGACCCUAUAAUAAGUGUUUAUUCCAAUGUCGAUGGUCAUAAAUACAGAGACGCUGAACAUAUAAAAAAACAACUACCUAAACAGAUUAUUAGGCCAGUUAAAUGGGAACAGUUACUGCACGUGAUGUAUGAAAGGCAAUCAGGUGAACAUUUUCCUAGAACUUUCGAGUGUGGACCUGGAACAAGCCUUAAAAGCAUUUUGAAUCAAGUUAAUGCCAAAGCUGGGCUAUCAUGCUUCAGCAUCGAAGCAUAGAUAUUGUAUUAAAAUAAAAUUAAGUUUAAAAAAGUUGUUGUUAAGUAAUAAAGUAAUAUUUUCUACCUA